AUGGUAACUACUGCCCAGUCGGUCGCACGCUACCGAAUUGUCAAGUCCACAUCACUUGGUGACUCCCAGAUCAAAUUAAGCGGACAACGCGUUGAGCUGGAUGAAAUCGCACAUGCUCUGCUCCAAGCAUCCAAAGAGAAACUCACCAAUGCGCACGUCUGUGUACGUGGGACUGGCACCGAUACUUCCCUCGUGGCCUUUGUAGUGUUCUCCAAUGACCCUCUAGAUGAGGAAGUCGACCGAAUAACUUACCUGAAGCAGCUGCGCCAGAGAGUUCCUCUGCCCCAAUAUAUGUGGCUUUCGAUCAUGAUUUCCCUGGAAGAGCUACCACUUAACGUCAAUGGAAAGGUCGACAGAAAAGCCCUUGAUGUAAUUGAACUUCCUAACUCAUCCGUUGACGACCAGGUGUUGGUAGAUCUCGACGAGGAUGAGAUGACACUCCUUGGGAUGUGGGAGGAGGUCCUCCCAGACACGGCGGCAAAGGGCCUCAAGAUCACCAAGGAUACUGAUUUAUUCGAAGCUGGAGGCAACUCCCUUUCCCUAGUGCGGCUGCAGUCAUUCAUUAAAGAACGGCUAGGAGUCCAGGUUCCCUUGGUGGAGUUGGUUGAAUCCUGCUCACUUGAAGCGAUGGCUCGGCGACUCUGGUCAAAUCGUUUGGUUUCUUCAAGCCACUUCACAUGGGAAGGCGAGGCUACAAUUGGCGAUGCUGGCAGAAUCGUGAUCCUCACCGGUGCUUCCGGAUUCCUUAAGAAACAGGUUCUCCAAGGCCUCGUUUUGUCUUCCACAGUAUCCGAAGUGCACUGUAUUGCCGUUCGCUCUCAAACAUCCAUGGAGAAAUUAAACGCGAUUGGGUCUCCCAAGAUCAUCGUUCACACCGGAGACCUGACUCUUCCCCGUCUAGGGCUAGACAUCAUAACGGCUCGGUCACUUGCAUCAAGGGCCAACAUCAUCGUCCACAACGGUGCUCAUGUGUCCUUCCUGAAAUCUUACAGCUCACUAAAAAAGGCCAACGUGGGUUCAACCGCCGAGUUUGUUCGCCUCGCAAAACCACGUCGCAUCCCCAUUCAUUUCAUCUCCUCGGCCGGCGUCGCAGGAUUCGUUCCGCGCAAUGAGCUGCCCCUUCGGGAGGUGAGUGUAGCUGCCUAUCCACCGCCUCGGGAUUCGAGUGCACACGGCUGUCAAAUCGCAAAGUGGGUGAGUGAGCGUCUCCUUGAAAAGGCAAAUCAACAAUACGGUCUUGAUAUUGUCCUGCAUCGACCAACGGGGAUUGUGGGGGAGGGGGCUCCCGGCGCCGACAUUCUGGACGAUCUCCUUCACUAUUCGAGGCAGCUAGAGUUGGCACCGGACAUGGAUGGCUGGGAUGGCUAUCUACAUUUAGUUGACAUGGAAGCGGUAGCGCAACGGAUGGUGGCUCUUUUGGCGUCGUCAAACGUCUCUGAAACUGGCCCAGGCGCAGUUCGUGUGGUUCAUACUUGCAACGCCGGUGCCUUUUCCAGUCCAUAA